AUGGACAACAUUGUCAAUAUGGUUGAUGCUAUCCACCCUCUUAACCAGCUUCAGCGAUUGAUGAUCCACAUUACUAUAUACACCGAUUCGUCUCAAAAGGAAAGAUUUGUUGACCAGCUUGCAAGAGGAUGUCUCAAUUUGACUUGCCUUGAGAUCAAUUCCAUGUAUGGAGUAUCCACCCAUUCAAUCAAUGCCUUGAAACAACUUGCAAAUUUGAAGCAGUGCUCAUUCGCAAUCAAUCAAGCCAAUGGCGAUGGCAUUUGGCAAGCACUUGAAACGUUUACACAGCUCAAAUCGAUCCGUAUUUACCCAGCGGUUCCAAAAAACAUUGCUGGCAUUAGGCGUCUCAAGGAAAAAAGACCUGACAUGACGAUCUUCCUUGAUCAAACAUUCACACGCUUCUGA